AUGAGGAUCAAGUGGCAGGAUAAGUUGCCAGACACAGAAGUCCUCUCCAGAGCAGGCUUACCACCAGUUUACACCUUAUUGAUGAAAAUCCAGAUGCACCGGCGCAGGUACGUUGUAAGGAUGCCAGACCAUUGCAUCCCUACACAGAUCUUCUAUGGUGAGCUGUCCAAGGAAAAUUGCUACUAUGAAGGGAGGACAUACAAACAUGGCGACACGGUGACCCAAGACUGCUACAUCUGUGAGUGUGUCAAAGGAGAAAUCAAAGACUGUCUGUUCACUGUGAAUUGCGCUGUUCCUGCAGACCAGAAAGUUACCUUGAAUGAAGAAAGCAUUAAUUAUAAUGAUGAACCAGAUGUCUUUGGAAGCAGCGACCAGACAGCCCCAAAUCGUCUAAAGCGUUCCAAGGACAUGUCUGGAAAAUCAAAUGGCUUUGGUGUAAAUGCAGAUGAAGGUGAAGAGAAGAGGAUUAAAGAUGAGCUUAGAAAGAUAUCAGAGGAAAAGCAAAAGCAGACAAUUGGAUUUGGUAUUGAUGGAAAGAAGGUAUCUGGUAAAGGCAAGGAUGACUCAAGUGAAGAUGAUGACUCAAAAGAAAAGGGAAAUCAUUUUGGAGGUAAUGAACAUGGAAGCAAGGAGAACUAUGGGAAAGUGGGAAAUAAAAUAGGGGGAGGCAAGGGAUCAUCGGAGGAAGACAACUCUAAUGAAAACAAGGGAAACAAUUUUGACGGUAAAUCUGGCCAUGAACAUGGAAGCAAGGAGAACCAUGGGAACGUGGGUAAUAAAAUUGGAGGCAAGGGAUCAUCGGAGGAAGACCACUCUAAAGAAAACAAGGGAAAUCAUUUUGGAGGUAAUGAACAUGGAAGCAAGGAGAACCAUGAGAACGUGGGUAAUAAAAUAGGAGGCAAGGGAUCAUCGGAGGAAGACAACUCUAAUGAAAACAAGGGAAACAAUUUUGACGGUAAAUCUGGCCAUGAACAUGGAAGCAAGGAGAACCAUGGGAACGUGGGUAAUAAAAUAGGAGGCAAGGGAUCAUCGGAGGAAGACAACUCUAACGAAAACAAGGGAAAUAAUUUUGGAGGUAAUGAGCAUGGAAGCAAGGAGAACGAUGGGAAAGUGGGUAAUAAAAUAAGAGGAGGCAAGGGAUCAUCGGAGGAAGACAACUCUAAUGAAAACAAGGGAAACCGUUUUGGAGGUAAAUUUGGCCAUGAACGUGGAAGCAAGGAGAACCAAGGAAGGGUGGGUCAUAAAAAAGGAGGAAGCAAGGAAUCAUCUGAGGAAGACAACUCUAGCGAAAACAAGGAUGAGAAAGAGGAACCUAGUCCAGCAGUUCCAUCCGUGGGAGAAUCUUGUACAUUCAACCAUGAUUCUGUGUCUCAUGGAGAUAGUGUAAAACUCAACUGCGUUACUUGUACUUGCAAUGAUGGCUCACUGACCUGUGUGAAAAAUCUGGACUGCCCAGGUGUCUGUUCAGUGACUGGUUUCCAGAUGAUUCGUACCUUUGAUGGGACAUUGUAUGAAACGCCUGGAGAUUGUAGUUACAUUUUGGCUAAGACUGCAGCCUUCACAAUCAGCUUGAAUAAUAAACCCUGUUCAGAGUUGGGUGGUAACAACUAUAAUAAAGAUGCAGUUUGUAUUGAAUCUGUAGACAUUUACAUCCCAUCGAAAGCCAGCAUAAAACUCCUUAAUGAUGGAAAAAUCUUGUCAGAAGGAGAAACCACAGCUCUCCCUUACUUCCUCAUAGACACUAUUACCGUCAUAAGAAGUUCUUCCACCUUCCUGGAUGUGGUGAGCCCACUGUUUAACCUGCAGUAUGACCUUACUCUUAACCGCCUAUAUGUUAUCCUUGAUGCCAGCUACAAAAACCAAACCAGUGGCUUGUGUGGAACUUACAAUGACAAUCGUAACGAUGAUUUCAGGAGCUCAAAUGAUAUCACUGAGACUGUAUCCAGCUUCUUCAGCAAAUCCUGGAAGACACAAUCCCAGUGCUCAGAACAUGCAAAACAGUUGGAAGACGAAGAUAAAAAAAUUACUGCUGAUUUGAUCUGUUCUGAAGCCUUGGAAAGCUCCAUCUUUGAAGACUGCAUUCUUCUUAUUGACACCCACUCCUACAGGAUCUCUUGUGCCAAUAGUGUCUACUACAAUAAACAGAUUGGACUUUGUGCAGCUUUAGCAGACUAUGCUUAUCGCUGUGGCCGGGCAGGAAUAUUUGUUCCAGUUAGUUCUUCAUUCUCAGACUGCACUCCGACUUGUGAAGGGGAUAUGACUUUAAUUACAGAUGAUACCUUCUCACAACACGAUUGUGCUGAAUUCUCUACUACACACCUUAUAAAAAUUACAUCUUCUAUCCCACUGAAUGAAGCUUGUGUCUGUCCUCCUGACCUCUACUAUGAUGCAUCUCUGAAUAGUUGUGUGUUGGGAGAUUCAUGUCCUUGUUACAACAAUAACCAUCUGUACAAGUUAGGCGAGACUAUAACCCAGGCCGAUGGACAAACAUGCCCUUGUGAGAGAUUAUUGCAAUGUGGUGACCCAGAAAUACCCCCAAUAGAGGUGGAAAAGUGCCCUGAGAAUGAAAUCUAUUCAGAUUGUUUAGCUGGCUUUGGAAAGUAUUGUGAGCCCUCUUGUAGCAACUUGGCUAUAUUCGAAAACGGAUGUAUCCUUGAAUGCGUUCCAGGAUGUGUCUGUAAAUCUGGUCUUCUGAGGAGCAGUGAUGGAAGUUGCAUACCACUAAAUGAAUGCCCUUGUGUCCAUGGAGAUGAGUUGUUUCAACCAGGAGAGACACUGGCCCAGGACUGUAACACUUGCACAUGUGAAAAUGGAAAGUUCUCAUGUACCAAUAACCAAUGUAACAAAGUGUGUAAUGCUUACGGUGGAUCACAAUUCUUCCUUUUCGACAAUGUCUGGAAAACUUUUACCACAGGAAAAUGUGCAAUUGUGCUAGUUGAGUCUCGUGAAGGUGAAAGCCCAUUCUUCAAGGUUAUAAUGAAGAAUGAUCCAAAUGCAGACAUGGGAGGAGCUCUACUUAAGAAGACUAUCUACAUCACAUUUGAAGGAGCAAGUGUAGUGCUGAGUGAAUUUGACACCACAGUGGCAUAUGAACUAGGCAGUAGGACUCAAUUAAGAACUUACAGAUCUGGAUUCUAUGUGGUGGUCACUUUCCUGGAGGGUCUUGCUGUGUACUAUGACCAACAUCUAGAUGUUAUCAUUCAACUGGAACCAAAACUACAGGGCAAAGUUCAAGGUAUGUGCGGUGAUGCUGAUGGAACCACCACUAGUGAGAUAUCCAUUAGUAAUAUGGCUCAAUAUGCCUCUCAGUUCCUGUAUGAUGAGUGUCCUGAAGUGCCACCUCCUCCUCCUGUUACUGAUAAUCACAAGGCAUUUGUGGAGAAACGAUGCAGCCUUCUUAGGAGUGAUGAGUUUUCUGAAUGCAACACAUUGGUGAAUGUGGAGCCUUACUACGUGGCUUGUGUUGAGGAAACCGAGGCCUGCACAGAGGGGGAAAGCUGUCUUUGUUUCUGCACUGCCUUGGCAGCUUAUGCCCGUGCCUGUUGCCGCAAGGGUAUCACCAUUGAAUGGAGAAGUCCUGACACAUGCCCAUCUCCUUGUGAAUAUUACAACAGAGGUGCUGGAGAAGGUCCAUACCGCUUGGUAAUGAUGAACGGCAAAAACUUAGUGUCUCAUAACAAGACAGUGUCACUGGAAGAUGAUACUCCUGGCAACUUGAAGGCUAGCUUCAUGGUCACUCCAAGCCUUUAUGUGGACCAACAUAAGAAUGGGAGAAGGUUGAUCUCCUUGGAGUCUGCACAACACCAGAACUACUUUAUUGUACAGAAUGAUGAUGGAAGUCUAAGCCUGAUGAAGUGGCAACCAAGUGUAGAAUUCCGUAGAAAAGCUACUUUUGUUUUGAGACCAAGUCGCUGGGUGAACGGAUUCAAUGCUCUGGAAUCCUAUUUAUCACGAGGACUUUAUCUUUCCAACAGUGGCGAAGGUCUAGUAAUGUCGAAAGUGAAAUCAGCAAAUAUGCUGCAGAUGAGCUUCAAACUUAUCGAGGAAAGCUUUGGCUUGCCAUCUUUCUCUAUAUGUACCUGGAAAUACAAAGCAUGUGGAAAUCCAUGUAUUCCAACAUGUCAGGAUCCUAUUGGUACAAAGUGCACAUUGACUCUCAAGGUUGAAGGUUGCUACCCCAUGUGUGCCCCAGGAAUGGUCUUUGAUGAAAUUACUCAUCGUUGUGUACAGUUUGAGGAUUGUGUCACUCCGACUGUUGAGCCCCCUGUGUGUGCGGGUGUCAUCUGUCCAGCUCUACCAGAGUGUGACAGAUUGGUGGAAGUGACCUCACAAAAUCCAUGCUGCAAGGAAUAUGAGUGCGUUCCUCCUCCUACAACUACGCCAUGUAAAGAUGUCGUCUGUGAGCCACCACCAACAUGUACUAAGAAUGGUGCUAAACUGGUAGAAAUCCCAUGGUCUGAUCCCUGCUGUCAACACUAUGAGUGUCAAUGUCAGGAGACCUGCAAUCCUCCUCCUACUUGCAGUGAUUUAAGUCCGCCAGUAAGAAUUGGAGACCCUAAUGUUGAGUGUUGCCCAGAGUAUGACUGCCCCCCUAUAUCAUCUACCCCAGCUUCAUCUACCCCAGGCAAGUGCGCGGGUGUCACCUGUCCAUCUCUACCAAAGUGUGAAGAAAAUUACAGAUUGGUGGAAGUGACCUCACAAAAUCCAUGCUGCAAGGAAUAUGAGUGCGAACCUAUCACUAUUUCUACUCCAACCCCCAAGCAAUGUGAUCUAGUCACGUUUUCUGUGGACAACUGCGCCCCUGGGGAAAAACUCCUUGUGAAACCAAACCCAGAGAAUCCAGACUGUCCGAUGUAUGAAUGCGUGUCUAAUGGUACUACUACACCUCCUCCUGUAUUGACCCCAACACCUGGCGUUUGUGACGGCACCAUUUGCCCACCAUUUAGAUGUGAGAAGAAUGGCUCUAGUAUGGUUUUGGAUUCAAUAGUGAAUUGCUGUCCUGUAUACGAUUGUGUAUGUGACCCAUGCCCCCCUCCUCCAAAUUGUAAUGGAAAUAAACCAACAAUGUCCAUUGACCCAGAAAAGGAAUGCUGCUUCACAUACAAAUGCGAUCAAGAAAGCGUUCCAACACCUUGCGCGGGUGUCACCUGUCCAUCUCUACCAAAGUGUAAAGAAAAUUACAGAUUGGAGGAAGUGACCUCACAAAAUCCAUGCUGCAAGGAAUAUGAGUGCGUUCCUAUUACUACAACUCCUUCAACCCCCAAGGAAACUACGCAUACUACAAUCAUCUCGAGCACAAAACAGAUCUGUGAGGACACAGUCUGCCCACCGAAGGUCUGCAAAGACUAUGAAGAACUGGUUGAACGACCAAAUCCACUUGACCCAUGCUGUCCAAUCAAGACAUGCGUUCCUAUUACUACAACUCCUUCAACCCCCAAGGAAACUACGCAAAAUACAAUCAUCUCGAGCACAAAACAGGAAACUACGCAUACUACAAUCAUCUCGAGCACAAAACCGAUCUGUGAUGACACAGUCUGCCCACCGAAGGUCUGCAAAGACUAUGAAAAACUGGUUGAACGACCAAAUCCACUUGACCCAUGCUGUCCAAUCAAGACAUGCGAAUGUCCUUGCAAAACUAUACCAACCUGUGCCGCUGAUGAGCAGUUAGUGGCAGUACAGCAGAACAACCAGUGCUGUCCCAAGCUCAAGUGUGAGAAGAAGAAGGAUAAUUGUCAUCCUGUCCCCACCCAAGUGAAUAUAACAUCAGGAAAAUGCAGUGUUAACGUCAUACUAUCUUCUUGUAGUGGAUAUUGUCACUCCAAAACAGAGUAUACCAGAGUAUACCGCUGGACCCCAGUUUCCCAAUGCCGCUGCUGUUCUGCAACAAAAACCCGUCCCAAGACUUUAGAGUUGCCAUGCACAGAUAGCACAAAGAUCCGCCAGACAGUGUAUGAAGCCACCCAGUGCGGUUGCAACAAUUGCUUUGAUGAUAAACCAAGUGGAUCUGGAAGCGGCAGCGGCAGUGGGGAUGAGACAAGUGGGUUCGGUCUGUGGACACCUUUCGUAAUAAGAAAUUAAAUUUGUAGUUUAUAAUUAUAGCAUUUCAAGUUAAGGAAACCUUGCAAAAACCGCUGCUCUAAUUUCUGCAUCAUUUUGUAAGAGACUUUUUUUCUAACCCUGUAUGGUAUAAAUCAGCCACUUUUACUUACAGUGUAAAAUGCUGUAAAGAUUUCUUACUUCUGUCUCAAAGUUUGUCUCCACCUAUUGGCAGAACCAACCAAAUAGACCAUACGGAUUGAUGUAGCUCCUCGCAUUAGCAAUAUUUUUGACAUAUGCUGGUAUGGUGUUACUGCUUGUUGUAUUUUGUGCCUAUUUUUUCUUCUUCCAUUAGCUAUCAUGCACCCCAAGGGGUAUUUUACCAUGAGAGUAUCAGCAGAUUGCUUCAUGACUUUCUUCAGGGCUUGUAAAAAAUUAGAAAAUCUGGGAAAAGCACCACUCCUGUCAAUAGGUUGUAAGUGGUAUUACAGUUUAGCUUCAUUCAAGUGAAUAUGACUGAGGUGCAAUACUACAAGAAACCUAAGGACAGCCAUGUUUUUCUAAUUAAAAAUUUUUUUUUUGAGGCUAUAUACACCUACAAUAUUCAGCCAUUCUGUCACAAAGAAUUAACUUUUUGUCUAGCUGUGUGACUGGUACUUUCACUUUCUGCCGGUCAUCUAAUAAUCCUUAUCUCAAAAUUACCAAAAGGUCAUAAAAAUUUAUUUGAGCCACAUUAUUAUCAGUAAGAUAAGGAUUGAGCUUUAAUGAGUGUUUAUGAGGUCAGAGCAGAGAUAAGGAGCCCGUCAGCUCCCUGCCUGAUGGAGCAGAGAGAAAAUACCUAUCCUGUUAGUAGAGCAUCUCAGCUCUGUACAGAGAAAAGGACUCCAUAUUUUUAAUAAAUACCUAUUGAAAAAAAUAUUUUUAGCUCAUAAUAAAGGUUUGCAUAGCCUUUAAGGCAUUAUUCCACAGGAUAUGCUAUAAAUGUCCAAUAGGUGGAAGUCCCACCUCUUGGACCUGCCUCACAAACAGGGUUCCUCUGACCCUUUUCUAUCAGCAACUGUGAAUAGAGAAGUAGCCGCACACAUGCAGAUCUCUCCAUUCACUUCUGUGUGAGUUCCAAAAAUAGCCAAGCAUGCAACUCCUAUAGAAGUUAAUGAAGUGAGUCUUGUAUGUGCAGCCACCGUUCAAUUCACAUUAGCUGAGAGAUUGGGUCAGAAUUCACCUCUGGGACCAACACCAGUUGGAUGUUUAUGGCAUAUUAUGUGGAUAUUCCAAAAAUGUUGAAAUGGAAAUAACCCUUUUGCUAAGGUGUUUUCAAACCAAGGUAAAAUGAAGGAUGAAUUGAUAAUGAAGGAUGUUUUUUAAAAAAAAAUGAAGUACUGUAUGAAAUGCUUCAAUUUAAUGUACAUAAUAUAGAAUUACAAAACUCAUGGGGUUGUAGUGCAAUAUGAAAUUUGUAAAAAUGUAAUUUUAACCCAUUAUGGCUCUGUUAGAGGUGGGGACUGACUAAAUGGAAAAUGAUGGUCUGACUGUAAUCAGUAAUUUCUUCUACUUGUAAUACAGCCGUUAGAGCAGAUUUGCGAAUUUUCUCUUA